AUGAUCUGUUCUCUCCUUCCCAUCUCCCCCCAUUCUGUCUUUCCCCAACGCACACACUUCAGUGUACCACACUUCCUCAAGCUUCUGAAGGAUGCGGGUCUAGGGUCCCUGCCUGGAACAGCUGCUGAGGUCUUGGACGACUCGGUGCGAGCCGUGCUGUGCCCAGAUAAGAUCUCAACCGUCCAAUGGAGGGAGGUGAUUGAGGCCGCUCAUGCUGCCGGCCUCCCCACCACCUCCACCAUCAUGUUCGGCCACGUGGACCAUCCCAUCCACUGGGCACGGCACCUGCUGCUGCUGCGGUCCAUUCAGGAGCGGACAGGUGGCAUCACCGAAUUCGUCCCCCUACCAUUCGUGCACAUGCAGGCGCCUGUGUAUCUCAAGGGCAGGAGCAGGCGAGGCCCCACCUUCAGAGAGUGUGUGCUGAUGCAUGCUGUGGGGCGGCUGGUGCUGCAUCCACUCAUCACCAACAUCCAGGCCUCAUGGGUGAAGAUGGGAUUGGAGGGCGUUUCUUGUCUGCUAGCGGCUGGGUGCAAUGACGUGGGCGGCACACUGAUGAAUGAGAGCAUCACACGGGCGGCUGGAGCAGUACAUGGUGCGUGA